ACUGGCCGCCAUGGGACUAGGGUUGGUAAUCCCACUGCUGCUGCUCUGGACUCAGGGGACACAGGGAUCCACACUAGACCCAGCCGGUCAGCACGUCUGUAGAGGCAACAGCCCCUCUGAGCUCCAGUGCUGUCCAGGCUGGAGGCAGAAAGAUCAAGAAUGCACCAUCCCCAUCUGCGAGGGGCCUGAUGCCUGCAGGAAAGACGAGGUGUGCGUGAAGCCAGGCCUCUGUCGAUGUAAACCUGGAUUCUUCGGAGCCCAGUGCAGCUCCCCCUGCCCAGGCCAGUAUUGGGGCCCUGACUGCCGUGAGACCUGCCCUUGCCAUCCCAAUGGCCAAUGUGAGCCGGACACUGGUGUGUGCCAGUGCAAGCCUAACUACUGGGGUAGGCGCUGUGAAUCACCUUGCACCUGCGGCCCCCACGGACGGUGUGACCCAAAGACAGGCGCGUGCCUUUGCAACGCCGGCUGGUGGUCGUCUGCAUGUAACCGUCCUUGCCAAUGCAAACCAAUAGCGCGCUGUAACCAGGACAACGGAGCCUGCCUGUGCCCACCUGGCUGGUGGGGCCGCCGCUGCAGCUUCAAGUGCAGAUGUCACACCUCGCCCUGUACUCAGGACUCUGGCUACUGCACCUGCCUGCAGGGCUGGUGGGGUCCUGAGUGUAGCCACAGGUGCCAGUGUGUGCGAGGCCAAUGCAGUGUUGCUUCUGGCCACUGCUCCUGCCCUCCUGGCUUCCACGGAACCCGCUGUGAGCUGCCCUGCAACCCUGGCCGCUACGGAGAACAGUGCAGAGAAAGCUGUGGUCACUGCAAGCCGAAUGCAACAUGUUCUCCAGUCACAGGCAACUGUGAGUCCUGCAAGCCGGGCUGGAACGGGACACAGUGCAAGCAGCCAUGUCCUCCUGGCACCUUUGGUGAGAGGUGCCGUGAGCAGUGCCCCCGCUGCUGGCUUGGAGAGCCCUGUCAUGCAGAGACUGGGUACUGCCAGCGCUGUGACCCUGGUUGGCUAGGGCACAGAUGUGAGAACCCCUGUCCCCUCGGUUCCUUUGGGGAGGGCUGCAGCUCUACCUGCCCCGACUGUGUUCAGGGGACCUGCAAUGCGGUGACAGGGGAAUGCAUCUGCAGUGCUGGUUACUGGGGGACCAGCUGCAAUAGUUCCUGCCCAUCUGGCUUCCAUGGAAACAACUGCUCUCUCCCCUGCCAAUGUCCAGAGGGGCUCUGCCACCCUGUGUCUGGGGCUUGCCAAAUGGGCCAGCAUGGUAAAAACGCCCUCAUUGCGGGCAUCCUGGUACCUCUGCUCCUCCUCCUCCUGGGUGUCAUCGGCUGUGUCUACUGCUACUCAGCUAACCGACUGGACCCCAAGGACAGGCCAGAGAGAACUGGAACUGCCUUGUUCAGAAUGAAGCAGCAGGUGUGGGGGGCCCUCACCAGCCUGGGCUCCACGCUGUCCUGUGGCUCUCUCAGUAACUACAAGCUACCCUGGGUGACAGUUUCUCACCACGACCCGGAGGUCCCCUUCAACCACAGCUUUAUCGAGCCACCCUCUGCCGGCUGGGCCUCUGAUGACUCCUUCUCCUCUGAUCCUGACUCUGGAGAAGAAGAUGAAGAUCAUGCCAACUUCAUGCCGCCUCAAGAAGAGAUGGUCUCUGUGACCCACAAAGAGUCACCAGCGGCCAGCCUUCCUGGAGGCCCCUUCCCUCUCCCUGAGGAUGCUUCCACACCAUUCCCCAUCCCUCGCACCUCCAGCCUGGCUCGGGCCAAGAGGCCAUCCGUCUCCUUUGCUGAAGGCACUAAGUUUGCGUCACAGAAUGGCCGAAGCUCUGGGGAUCUCUCCAGCCCCAUCCGAAAACCCAAGAGACUCUCCAGAGGUGCUCAGCCACGUCCUGAAGGGCAGGAGGCUGAGGAGCCUGCAGGCCCAGAGCAAGCAAAUACAGAGGAGGAUGCUCCUACUGCCACAAGCCCCAGAGAGGCUACCACUAGUCACCACCAACUCCCACCUAGUAGCCGGACAGUGGCCGACUGUGUGGAAACCACCAACAGCAGCAUCCAGGAGAGCUCAGGCUCUGUGGCCACAAUCUACAUGCUGGCGGGGACACCCCAGAAACCAGAGGGCUCUGUCUGGUCUGUCAUCCAUCGUUUGGGAAACUACCAGAAAGAUCAGAAGGCACCCAAGGUCAAGAGUGCCAUCCCUAAGCCUUUACGCCGAUCUCUGGGUCAGAACCAGGGCAGCCCCAGGCUCUCCCAGAGCUCUGGCUCAGCUCCAGAUGCCAUGCUCUCUGGAACCAUAGAGUACGCCACGGUUAGGCCCGAGGAAGCAUCCAGAGGUCUAGGAGAUGGCACUGAGAGCUUAGAGACUGUCCAGGAGCCAGUCUCUGGGAACAGCUCCCUGGGACAGGGUUCCCAGAAGCAGGCCAAAGAGAAGGAGCCGGAGGAGCCCCUAUAUGAGAAUGUUACACUCAGGUCUGUGCCACCAAAGCACUGAAGACCUUGCAUUCGGUGACUGGAAAGAAUGGAUGGGGAUGUGGAGAGAGGAAGCCGCUGAAAUGUUAUGGACCAGAUCAGGCUUUGUGCCGAGAACCAAUGCCAAGGCUUCGACAGACUAAGCAGAAACUAUGCCCUGGAAGAGUCAAGGGUUAGAGGCCACCUGGCUGUGGGUUUGGCCCUGGCAGUGUCCCCAGGUGGGGCUGGAAGGCCUGGAUAGAGACCCUGCGGAAUGGGGUCAGCGGAAGGAGGCGGCUGUGGGACUCUUCCUCUGUUGCCCUGGAGUCAGUCCCAAGACAACUUUCUCCAUCACUUCAAAACAUCCUUUGUUCUGAAAUGGAAAACAACGUAAAUGUCUGAUGAUGAAGAUUGAUUA